UUUUAAAGUUCUAUGGACUUGGUAUAGUGACUGUAGGCUGUGCUCAUGACGGAUGCCACAGGUUGGGCAGGAUAUGCUCACAUUUCGCGAAAACCUGAUAUCAUCACUGUUUUUACAGUGAUCCAUGGGUGCAUGCCAUCACAGCUGUAUAUAUUCUAUCCUGUGUAAGUUCGGGUUUUCAGUCUUGUGGGUGGCAGUCAUCCUACGGGCGAUAUACUGAGUGAGAUGAAACAUCCUGUUACAUAUCUUAUAGAGUGGCUAUCCUCUUAAGGACGAGCACUAAUAUUGAAUCGUGGAAGCAAUCACUUUUCCUAACAUCCUUUCGACUCUACCUUAUGCAGAGAUAUGAUUUUGAUAUUGAAAUACGGUUUUGUUAUUCAGAUUAGGGAUAUCCGAAUGGGUGACGUCAUCACCUAGAUGACGUCAUUACAACCACUGAGGUAUACUAUGCAUUGGCUGAACAUGGAUUAUGUUUUGUCCAGCGUGUGUAUGAAUUUACUUGGACACAGCAAAACGUAUCAGUGGAAUAUGCUAUAUAAGGAGUAAACUGAAAGAUGUUUAUACCGGUUUACUGUAUGUGACGUGGCUGUGUUCUUCGAUGUACAUUUAGUUUUAAUAUCAUACAGGUCCGAAAAAAUGCAAUGAAAUGGAUGAUGAAACUGGCAAGAAAAGACUAGGAGGCAGUCUACUACACGACUUCAUAGCCGGAGCUUUGGGAGGAAGUGCAGGAAUUUUUCUUGGAUAUCCCUUCGACACGAUAAAAGUCCAACUACAGACACAGUCCGGGAAGAUGUCUUAUUCAGGAACAAUGGAUGCAAUGAAAAAUGUCCAUGCCUUCGGAUUUGUUCGAGGUUACUUCCGUGGACUGGCGUCGCCGUUGUUGACUUACGGCGUGGUGAACGCCGUCUUCUUCGGUGUGUAUGGCAACUGCCUGAAGCUGCUGCAGUGGGUGAAGAAGCAGGAUCGUGUCUCGUAUAUGGAUGUCUUUCUUUCUGGGUGCGUUGCGGGCGCCGCCCAAGUCGCCGUCGCCUGUCCUGUUGACCUUGUGAAGGUCGUUCUGCAAUCUCAGAUCCCACACGAAAUCUCCGCAACAGAUAAUAGGGGUAAACUUACUAAACAUAGACAUGGGCACUAUCCAAGCGGAAAUGUAAAGUACUAUAGUGGAUCCUGGCGGUGCGCAGUGGACAUUUUCAAGAGACACGGAAUUCGCGGCUGGUACAAAGGUGCGGUAUCGAUGCUAUAUCGAGAUGUACUAUCGUACGGGGCCUACUGCUUGAUCUUUGAAUACCUGAACGCUGAGAUGCUCAGGAAACGUUGGACAGACCCCAGAGGAAUCAUGAGUAGUGUAGUAGCAGGCGGUGUCGCCGGCACUGUGACGUGGUUUGCCGUCAUGCCUUCGGAUGUUGUGAAAAGUCGUCUGCAAGCUGACUUAACUGGAAAAUACAAAGGAAUAGUAGACUGUGUUAAAAAGAGUGUGGAAGCUGAAGGUCUGCAGGUUUUGUUUAAAGGGACCGUAAUAACAUGUCUAAGAGCAUUUCCAGUAAAUGCAGCAACAUUAUUAGUGUAUUUUCAAAGUCUACAAUACCUUAAUUCCUUUGAUGUUUAAUUAAAUAAUAUAAUAAAG